AUCAUGCCCAGGCAUGCUGGUUCAUAGAUUUUGAGGGUAUUACCUCCUGGAAUUUGUAUUAUAAACAAGUUUCUUAGGAAUUACGAAGGUUGAGAACCUCAGAUGUGUACCAGUGGUUCUCAGACGAACCGAGAGGGGGCAUGUCAGUCACCUGGAGAACUUGUUAGAAAUAACAACAUUCUUUCUGAAAGACUGAAUUUGUAAAUUUGAUUUCAAAAUUCAUUUAGAGGGAAAAAGUUGACUAUAUUGAACAUGUUUUAUAGUGGGCUCCUAUAAUUAUUUCUGCAAAUAUAAACCUGUUUUGGUGGUUUCACGUAAGAAAUUCAUGCUGUGGUGGGAGAGAAUCUGGUUCUUAAAAAGCUCUAGAAAGUUUUUCUAUUUGGCUUAAAAGAGGUUAAUUUUCCUACAUGCACUCAAAGUAAUUUAAUAUGUUGAAAUCUCCCUUCUCUGCAGAAGCCUCUGCAGCUGUGGAGAAAAAGCAGAAACCUCUUCCCAGAGUUAACAUCCAUUCUGGAUUCUGGAUAUUGGCAUCCAUUGUGGUGACCUAUUACAUUGAUUUCUUUAAAACUAUUAAAGAAAACUUUCACACUAGCAGCUGGUUUCUCUUCGGCGGCGCCUUGCUGCUGGUCAGCGUGUGCAUUGCUUUUUACUGCAUCCUCUAUCUGGAGUGGUACCGUGGGAUUGGAGACUAUGAUGUUAAGUAUCCAGCCUUGAUACCCGUUACAACCGCCGCUUUUAUCCUAGCGGGAAUUUGCUUCAACGUCGCCUUGUGGCCCGUGUGGUCCUUCUUCACCCCGCUGCUGCUGUUUACCCAGUUCAUGGGGGUCGUGAUGUUCAUCUCGCUCCUUGGAUGAUUCCGAGAGACCUGAAGAUAUGAAGUGAACAAUUAAACAUCCAGGCAACCGACAGCAUCCCAAACGUGGAAAGGCUACAGUGUAUCUUAGCAUCUCAAAGUGAGUGGUUUUCUGGGGAAAAUUGUAACUUCAUUGAUCUGUGGUUGAAAUCAGAAUAAAUUACAUUUCACUUGCAUACUCUUAAACUCAGAUGAUGAUUAAAUUUUUCAGAUUCAGAACAGGAGUAUUCUCUUCAAAAUAGAAAUAACUAAUUCUCAAUGUUAAUCUGUUUGAAUCACUGGAGAAAGUAUUGGUGUAAAAGUUUAAAUGAAGUUUCCUUAUAGGUGCGUGAUGCACUCCCAGUAUUGUCCACUCUCCGCUGUGUGAGGCGGCUGGACGUGGACCUGUGCCUUUGACCCAGGGUUAGUGGUUACCACAGAUCUCACUGUUGUCAUGCUUUCGCUAGGUGACAGGACCAAGUGGACGCAUUUUUGCAUUCCUACUGUCUUGGAUUUUAUCAUUAUGUAAAUUAUUGUGUUUCUAGCAUGUUUAACAUGAACUUUUAAUGACUUUUCAGUAUGUAUAUUUUUUUCCUUAACAUUUGAAUAAAAUAUUUUUAUAACUUU